GCCGAUCGCGUCCUUUACCUUUUUUCGUCGUGUGUGGUCUGAACGGCGGGCGGAGCGUCGGCGAAGCGAAAACGCGCGCUUGCAGUGUUCAUGUUGCGAGCUCUUCACCAUGCACGAAGAAACCGAGAUUGAUGUCGUUGCUCUCUCACCGGCACCAUCGCAAAAAUCGUACAACAGUAAUCAGAAUGAGAAGAAAUACUUCUGUCAGCGAUGUUUGAAUCACGAUUUGCAAUUCCCAAGAAAAGGUCAUAAACCUGUUUGCAAAUAUGCAAAUUGUACAUGUAGUGAUUGUAUUAUGGUUGAACAGCGUCGACAGCUGAACAAUAUGCUCAGUAAAUCCAAGUUGGCUGAGUCGCCCAGGGAGACGGUAAAUGGACGUCGUGUGCGUGACCCGCAAUGCGCCCGAUGUCGACAACACGGGUUUCGGGUACCGUUACGGGGUCAUAAGCGGGUUCUAUGCCAAUUUGCCACCUGCAAAUGUGAAAUGUGUGAACUCGUUGAAGAUAGGCGAUCGUUGAUGGCAAAACAGAUAAAGCUACGUCGUGAUCAGCAACGGCAAAGGAACAGCAUUGACGAUCGGCAUAGUUCGGAUAGUACCGGUGACCAUGAGAUGACUGAACCCUCGUCGGCUGAAGUCUCUCCAUCACCUCGUAUCGAGUUACCACAUCCAGUGCCCGUCUAUCCAUGUGCACCGGCUCCUCUUACACCUCCACAACUUCCCGCUCUACCGAUAGUUCUUCCACAGACUCCUGUCUUAGCACCGGUUCCAAACCCCUUCCUUCUUCCAUUGCCACUUUUUCAAAUGUUCACGCAGCUAGCACAAAAUCCUCAUUAACUCGGCAAAAUUGUUCCGAAAUCGCUUUUUCCAGGUGUAAAGUACCGCUUAUGUUAUUCACGUCAUUGCUAGCACAACGCAAACACUGCUCCCUCUCUUGUGUCAUAC